CGUCAACACUGAUGGGGGCGUAGAAUUUUCGCUAGUUUUAAUCAAUUUUUCAUUGGAAUUGGUCUUGAGUUACAAAAACGAUGUCUUCUCCACCACCUACAAAGCCUCCUAGAGGGGUAAAACAAGGGAAGGAAACUAGUGGCCUGUUGAUGUCUGUGAUUCGCACCUUGUCUGCGAGUGAGACUAAUGAACAGCGGGAGAAAGAGCGAGCGAAGCUAGAGAAGGAGUACAAGAAGAGUGACGCGCGCCUAGACGAGCUGGUCGCGGCGCACGCGCAGGAAAUCACUGAUGUUAUGCAGAAGUUCUCGCUGGUGGGCGCGGCGCUGAGCGCAUGGGGCGGGUCGAGCGAGGCGGCGACGGGGCGCGUGGCGGCGUGCCGCGGGCUGCUGCGCCUGCGCCGCGCCGACCUGCGCCGCCUGUGGGCCGACGCGCGCACGCACCACUACGCGCUGCAGAUGCUCACCGACAUCGAACGUGUAGUAGUAUCGGAGCGCGAGGCCCGGGAAGCUCUCUCUUCAGGCCGGGUGCUAGCCGCGGCCGGCACGCUGCAGGCGGCGCUAGCUACGGCACAGACCACGCUAUCACACGUCACUGCACUCAACGCUACGAGACAGCACUUGGAGGCGAAGAAGCGCGAGCUCGUGUUAGUGAUAGUGCGGCGGCUGAGUGACGCGGUGUACCGCAGCGAGCGCGCCCCGCUGUCGCGCCGCGUGUCUGCCCGCAGGCGGACUGCUCUGCUGCUCGCUGAACUGACAAAGAGCUCGGAGGUAACAGAUGCGUAUCUUCAAGACAUAACGCCAGAGUUCGAAGCGUCGUUAUCUGAAGAAGACAGCACCUUCGAGACCACCGUCAUGAUAUCGCUGGAGGCGCUCGGCGUGUUGGAGCAGCUCAAGGAGGCUACUGAGAAAUUCAAAGUUCAAAUCCAGAACGAACUGCUGGAGGUCAUAGACUCUGUAUCCCGGCGUAUCAUCGAAGAGGUGGAUAUAGAACUGGAUCCCGAGUGCGAAGAGGAUGGCACGACGCUCGAAGGCGAAGGGGUGACAGAGACGGGUAGACCGCUCGCUCGGCUGGUAGCUUGCUUGGGCGAGGAGUUCAGAGCUUGUGGUGCUAGGAACAGAAGGUUGCUGCAACUGUGGCGCGCUGCGUUACAGAAACACAAGAUAUCUGACUCAUGCCUUCACACCGAGCAGCACUACUGGAGCGCCGUGCAGCAAGUGCUGCAACUCCUCCUGACGGAGUACCUGGAGAUAGAGAGCGUGAACCUGUUCGCGGCGCGGUCGAGCAGCGCGUGCGCGGAGGUGGGCGCCGACCUGCGGCUGUCGGACUACUUCGCCAAGAAGAAGCCCCCCAGACGACGCACCAAGCUGUUCAAACUGACCACGCCGGUAGCGCACAGCGUGUCGGUGGCGGGCCGGCGCCACUCGUACCCGCUGGUGUGCCGCGCCGACCCCGCGCACCUGCACGCCGUGCUGCCCGCUCUGCACGGGCUCUGCGCGGACAUCGAGGCUCGCCAGCCCGGCGGCGAGUGUUCGUUACGAGCAUUUAUAUCUAACUACGUGCGCGCGGGCGAGAGCGAGCGCCUGGCGGCCGCGGCGCGGGCUGACAUCGAGGCCGCCGUGCGGGCGCCCGCCGCCUGGAGGGAGCGCGCCCCGCCGCCGCCCACGCUGCUCAAGCCCGGGUCGCACGCGGUGAUCUUCUCGUGCGCGGCGGCGGGCUGGGCGGCCGUGGCGGCGGCGGCGCGCGCGGCGCGGCGCUGCGGCGCGUGCGGCGGACACGAGGCGCUGCGGGCCGCGCAGGCCGCGCUCGCCGCGCUCGCGACGGCGUGCCGCGUGGCUCACGGGCGUAUGUCGGGCGGAGCUGGGCGAGCAGCGCGGUGGUUGGCGGACGACGACAUUGUGCGCUUCUUGCAGGCGCUGCCCAACUGGAGCGCCGCCAUCGGCACCGGGAACAAGCCCACACACCAGGAGCUGACACAAGCGUACGAGCGCGAGGCAGAGAUUCUAGGUUCGAGUCUUGGUGACGGUGCAGUUACUAAAAGGGAAAUCAUUGCUGACGUUAACGCUUUGGCUGACAUUGCACUUCUGUGCGAGUCUAUGGACUGGCUAAGCGCGAACAUAAAGACCAUCCCUACCAUAUUGAGCACCUCUUCGACCGGCGGCAGCGGUCUCAAGCUGACAGACAAGUUCUGCAGCGACAUCGCGGCCGCCGCCAGCAUCUUCGAUGAGAUUUCCCACAAAUGCUUGCUGCUGCUGCAUCUUGAGCUUCGCAUCCAAUGCUUCCACUACCUGGGCCAGGAGGAGCGGGAGGGCAGCACCGAAGAGGAGGACGACGCGGGCGGCGCGGCGCAGCUGGCGCGGGCGCUGCUGGCCUUCCACGAGCAGGCGCACGGGCUGGCCAGGCACCGCAUGGCUUACGUGAUCGGCGGGCUGGGCGAGAUGAUGUCGGCGGCGGUGGUGUGGCGCUGGCAGGAGGCGGGGCGCGGCGCGCUGGCGGCGGCGGCGCGGCUGGCGGCGCUGCGCCACUGCCUGGCCGCGCUGCAGCUGCCGCACUCCGGCCUGCACCGCGCGCACGCCUACCUGCACCUGCUCAACUGCUCGCCCGAGGAGAUAAUAGCAUCGGUGCGCGAGAAAGGCGCGCAGUUCUCCGAGCUAGAAUACCUGAACGCAUUCAAGAUCAUCGGCGCCCGCCGCGGCCUCUCGCCGGCCGACAUGCGCGCGCAGCUCAAACUACUGUCCGCUGCGCUGGGGCAUGUUGGCGUUACUGUGUAGGGCGGGAAGACGGCAGUUGUUGCAUAAUAAAAAAAUGAAAAGGCCCAGAAAUACGCGUGUGUCUCGACAUACAGAAUCGGGGGAGUGAGAGAGAAGACGUUCUGUCGCUCUCUUAACUACGCACAUUUCCAUUCCACUUCAGUUGAAGUUAAAACUAAAAGGGAAAUAAGCGGAUAGGAGAAAUCAUGUCGUAGUAAUCAACUAAUACAAUUUCGUUAUUUAUCCAAUAUCAGUUGUAGGCUUGUAGCAAAUGGAAAUGAAAAUUAUUUAAUAACUGAUUGGACUUUUACGCGAUUUAUUUAUUUAAUUGUUAAGACAUUAAAUGUUGAGCUUAAAAAUAUAUCUAACUAUUAUUAUUAUUAUCUAGUUAUUAUAUAGAUGUAAAAUUACCGCAUUGUAUUGCAGUAUUUAUUUAUAAUAAAAUUCGUAUACUUACCGGU